AUGGAUUCAUUUCGGCUUGCACAGCUCUUUAUCAAGGGCCACAGCAGCAAGCUUCGCUUGCACAUUGAAGCUGCAAGGACUGUGCUGACUUACGCACUGGCUGGAGUUUCUGGUGCGAAUUUUUCACCGGCUGUCACUCUAGCGCUUUAUCUGAGCAAGAGGCUCGGCGGGCCAGGACUUGAUGCCUCUGUUGCGGGGAUGUAUGCUUUGGUCCAGCUGGUAGGUGGGAUCUGCUGCGGAUUCUGCUUUGUCAACAUGUUUGCAGAUUCUUUCAGGCUUGGUCCUGGAGCAGGAUUCAGCUGGGUCGAUGCCUGCUUCUGCGAAGCCAUGUAUUCUUGCCUCUUCUGCUUCGUGGUCCUGAACACCACUGCAGCAAGAGCUUACAGCUCAGAAGGGAACGAGUUCUACGGCAUGGCAAUCGGAGCAAUGGCCCUUGCAGCCUCCUAUGCGGCAGGGCCUGUCUCUGGAGGCCUCCUCAAUCCGGCCAUCACAGUGGGCGUCGAUUUUGCAGGAGCAGGUGCCGGAUUUGGAAAGUCUUUGGUGUAUGCGAUCUUCCAGUUGCUGGGAGCAGGCAUUGCUGCGUUUCUCUUCAAAAUGGUUCGGCCGAUGGAUUUCGACGAACCGGAGUCACCAAGGACGAGGCUGAUCAGCGAGAUCAUUGGGACGUUUGCUUUGGUGGUGGUGACUGUUGGCCUCUCUGCGCUGGCGAAGACAUCGAUGGCCGUUGUCGCCAUUGCUGGGCCCGAGUCGGCUUUUCGUUCCUUUUGGGCUGCUUGGAGGUCCGGCGCUCACUUCAACCCUGCGGUUACAGUGGCGGUUCUGCUAAGUGGCCAUGAUGCAGACAUGACCCCCAAGCGUGCCGUCCAUUACAUUGGGUCGCAGCUGCUGAGCUGUGUGUUGGCAGGAUGGUGCUUUUGUCUUCUGUACAAUGGCAGCUCCUUUGUGUUGGGCCCUGGCCAAGGCUUCAGCCUGACCGCAGCUGCAGUUGCGGAAAUGUUCUUCACUGCGCUUCUGGCAUUCGUGGUUCUGGGAGUUGCUGUAUCGCCGAAAACCAAGAGCUCGCAGCUCUUCGGAUUGGCAAUAGGACUUUGCAUUGUGGUGGGUGGUUCGUCAGCUGGCAAUAUCUCGGGAGCCUGUCUAAACCCCGCUGUGUCUAUCGGCAUUGCAGCCAGCACGGCAGGAUGGGCUGCUACCAAAACAGCUUUGCGGUAUUGCUUCUUCCAGCUCCUGGGAGGAAGCAUCGCAGGCGGCGUGGUUCAUCUCCUUCACAGUGAAAUAAUCACCGUGAACGGACACGGGGAGACGUCCAAGCUCAUCUUCGGGCAUGCCUGA